UCAUGAUCCGGGUUGCAGGAAUCGUAUACGAUCUUAGUGCACUAUUUAUAAUACUUAAAAUCGCAAAAUCUUAAAACGCGGAUACAGAUAAUUACAAGUGUGCCGAAAUGUCGAAUUUCUCUCGUACUUUGCGUCCUUUCUUGAGGUGCGUCCGUAGUCGUCAUCAGAAAAGAACAUAUGCAGACGCAGCCGAUCAAAUGAAAUUUACGUUUGCUGGUGCUAAUCAGGUAUUCUAUGAUCAAGCUGUAAUUCGGCAAGUCGAUGUACCUUCCUUCUCAGGUUCCUUUGGUAUUCUACCAAAGCAUGUGCCUACAUUAGCAGUUUUGAAGCCUGGUGUAGUUACAGUUUAUGAAGAGGACAGCUCAACCAAGAAAAUUUUUGUUUCUUCUGGUACGAUCACCAUUAAUGAAGAUAGCAGUGUACAGAUUUUAGCAGAGGAAGCCCAUCCAGUAGAACACCUUGAUAAUUCGGCAGCAAGAGAUAUUCUUAAUAAAGCUCAACAACAGCUUUCUUCAGUUACAUCGGACGUAGAUAAGGCUGAAGCAGGUAUUGCAGUUGAAGUUGCAGAAGCACUUGUACAAGCUACACAAUAAAUGUUAUAAGUAAUAUGAAAUUACAUAUAUAUACAUAUACUUCGACACGCUACCAGUUAGAAAAAGGCAUGUGGUCAACAUAUGUAUCAUAAUAUUGUUGUAUGAUAGUGUAACAACAAUAAAAUGUGUUAAAUCAUGUAUAUUUAUUAAAA